AUAGUAAUUAUGGGCAAGGACUUCCUCGUUGCGAGUCCUGUGUGAUCUCCGCUUUAGUCUAAUGGAUGGAAAUGUCUCCUUUGAUCUUCUUGCAUAGUCCGGUGUUGCCGUGUUGGUGGACGGUGGAUGGAGAGAGAGAAAGGUGGAGGUGGGAAGGGGUGACAGGACGGAUGCGGGAGUAGAUAUAUGGUUCGGGUGGUGAAUAUAUGGUUCGCGUGGAGGUGGUGUUUCUAAUUUCUAUGGCUGCCAUUGAUGAUGAAGCUUUGAGGAGAGAGGAUGAAGAAGGUAAAGUGAGUUAACAGAGUUAGGAAAGAAUACCAUCCGUUUGUUCCCCUUCAUUCUCACUCCGGUGCUCCCGAAGUAUAAGUCUAUCACCAUGCGUCAGCUCUCUUCCUCCUCUCAUCAUUAGUUCUUCCUCCGCUGCCAAAACCACUACGACCACCGCUAAUUCGGCAAUGGAGGACAUCAUCCGAACCCCCCUUUGAAUUAUCGGGUCUGGACCGUCGGCCCACACCGCAGCAAUCUACGCAUCACGGGCCCAACUCAAGCCCAUUCUCUUUGAAGGGUGUAUGGCCAACGGGAUCGCGCCAGGUGGCCAGCUAACAACCAACACCGACGUGAAUUUCCCCGGCUUUCCUGAAGGAAUUUCGGGUCUGGAUAUUACAGACAAGUUUCGCGACCAAUCGCUGCGUUUCGGUACGCAGAUGUUAUCAGAAACGGUUAAUUCUGUCGAUUUCUCAACGACGCCGUUUAAGGUAUUUUGGGGUCAUUCAAAGACUGUAAUUACUGACUCGGUGAUUAUUGCGACCGGUGCCGUGGCAAAGAAGCUGAAUUUUCCGGGAUGUGAGGAAAACGGAAAGUUCUGGAAUAAAGGGGUAUCGGCUUGUGCCGCAUGCGACGGGGCGUUGCUGAUAUAUAGGAAUAAGCCGUUGGCGGUGAUUGGCGGCGGGGAUUCGGCAAUGGAAGAAGCGAUUUUCUUGACAAAAUUUGGGUCGAAAGUAUAUAUAAUUCAUAGGAGAGGUGAAUUUAGAGCUUCGAAGAUUAUGCAAAAGAGAGCAUUGGAGAAUCCUAACAUAGAGGUGUUGUGGAAUUCGGAGGUGGUUGAAGCAUUUGGGGAUGUGGAGAAGGAGAAUAGGGUUUUAGGAGGGUUGAAGGUGAAGGAUGUGGUUAGUGGAGAGGUUAAGGAUGUAGAAGUUUCUGGGUUGUUUUUUGCUAUUGGGCAUGAACCUGCUACUAAUUUUUUGGAGAAGCAGGUGGCUUUGGAUGAAGAUGGGUAUGUGGUUACCGAACCGGGGACGACGAAGACGAGUGUUAAGGGUGUAUUUGCGGCUGGUGAUGUGCAGGAUAGCAAGUAUAGGCAGGCUGUCACGGCUGCUGGCACCGGUUAGUGUUCAAUUUUGUUUGCUUGGUUUGUUUUGUUCAAUUGUUGUGUUUUACUUUUAUCAAUAAUAACUUUGAAUUGUUUCAAUUAUGAUGAUAAUUUAGGUUGCAUGGCUGCCUUUGAUGAGGAACAUUACUUGCAAGAAAUUGAUGCAGAACAAGGCAAGAGUGAUUGACUAAUUUACCACACCAAGAGGCUUUACAAUUGUUUCCAAAAUUUAGCUCCUGAU